GACAGCGCCAGCUGCCGCUGCGGGAGCUACUCCGGCUGCACCAUGCGGGAGUUGGCCAUUGAGAUCGGGGUGCGAGCCCUUCUCUUCGGGGUCUUCGUUUUUACAGAGUUUUUGGAUCCAUUCCAGAGAGUCAUCCAGCCGGAAGAGAUCUGGCUCUAUAAAAAUCCUUUGGUGCAGUCAGACAACAUACCUACCCGCCUCAUGUUUGCAGGCAGAUUUCUGACUCAAAUUCUAUUCAUUUGUUUAGUGUGUGUGUGGAGGGGGACUUCAAACACCAAGGUCAGAGAAUGUUUUAUAGCAGUGUCCUUGGCUCUUGCUUUGAAUGGAGUCUGCACAAACACUAUUAAACUAAUAGUGGGAAGACCUCGCCCCGAUUUCUUUUACCGCUGCUUUCCAGAUGGGGUGAUGAAUUCGGAGAUGCGCUGCACAGGUGACCCUGACCUGGUGUCGGAGGGCCGCAAAAGCUUCCCCAGUAUCCACUCCUCCUUUGCCUUCUCGGGCCUCGGUUUCACAACAUUCUACCUGGCUGGCAAGCUGCACUGCUUCACGGAGAGUGGGCGGGGGAAGAGCUGGAGGCUCUGUGCUGCCAUCUUGCCCUUGUACUGUGCCAUGAUGAUCGCCCUGUCCCGCAUGUGUGACUACAAGCAUCAUUGGCAAGAUUCUUUUGUUGGAGGAGUGAUCGGCCUCAUUUUUGCCUAUAUUUGCUACAGACAGCAUUAUCCUCCUCUGGCCAACACAGCGUGCCACAAACCGUAUGUCAGCCUCCGAGUGCCCACUUCACUGAAGAAGGAAGAGAGGUCAACGGCGGACAGUGCACCCAGCUUGCCCCUGGAGGGGAUCACCGAGGGCCCCGUAUGACGGGUGUGUAGGGAGAAUGGACGCUGAGCCCCUGGUUCAUUCUUCUAUUCUGAUGUCAUAACACAGUGGAAAGGAUUUCCUGUAAUGUGAUUCUCAUCAGCUACUCUAAAGUCCCCUCCGCUUCCGUUCUGUGGAUGGUGUUCUUGCCACACUCCAUGUCUCCUUUCAACACUUUGUAAAGUUUGGACACCAGGACCAGUCUCUGAGAGACCCAUGUACAAGGAAGGAGGAUUCAAGGGUGGGGUGGGCAUGCUAGCUCAUCCAGUGAUUCGUUUGCCUGAGGUGUUUGCUGUAGCACCCAUCCUCCUCCGUGUUCAUGUUGUGAAACAUAAUAAAGUCUC